GGUUGAAAGAAGCACGGAUGCCACUACCACUCGAUCCUGCUUUCGCCUUUCGCCCCGUCACAUUAUUUGGCUGUUCCUUGCUCCUCUUAAAACAUGACAGCUUCCUGCAAUUCGCGUACAAAUGCUCCCGUCAUCUGUCACUGUCUGGUGUCUCUCAUUCUGUGCUCCGCUUCCCGGUCAACCUGAUUGACAGCCGUUAAGGAUCGUCGACACAUAUAUUAUUUGCCGGCUACAACCACUGUCACUGCGGUCGUUUAAUGCGGAAGAUCUUCUUCUAUCAGAAAAGAGUAUUGACCUGGUGAUCGUUGACCGAUCUUCACACCACGCAACUCACGACCAUUUCUCUUGCACGGCCACAUCUCGUGUGAUCAUUCUUCCUCCAAACAGCCAAGUGAACCUGGCAGGACCAGUCCGACCAUGGAGCUCGGCGGCUCCGGUUUCAAAGCCAUCAAUGUUGGCUCCAAUUUUGAACAAUCCGAAGAUGUGCAUGAGUAUUUUGCCCUUCAGGCUCCUCCGAAUACCAACAUCCAGCGAAAACCAGCAGCAUCAGACGAUGUCACCGCCCCGAUGGUGCUGAAGCGCUUGCAGCAGUCUUUCUUACUGGCCGAAGUGACCGUCUCGGCAGAGUUUGCUAUGGAUCAUGACCAAGCUGGACUCGUCAUAUUUGCCGGUUCGCUCCCAGACGAAUCAAUACCACGGUCACCAGCUUCUCGGAGGAGCUCUCGUUAUUCGGGAUUUGGCACUGAGGCGCUUGCAACGCGAAGAUGGGCAAAAGCAGGUCUGGAAUUUGCCAGAGGGGAACUUCAUGCUGCAGCCUCGGUGGCCAUCUCGACCUGCGGCGCUGAUUGGUCUUCUUCAGCUCGCAUGCCGUCGCCCUUCUCGAACUUCGACCCGUUUUCCUUGACAUCGGUCGCCUCACAGUCGUUGCGGAUCCGAUUCGAACGGGUCGACCAGUCUUUAUGGAUAUCCUACGAAAUUCCAAAUUACAACGAAUCUGAAAUGGACUAUCAUUUGUCAUCUGGCUAUGGCCCUGAACAGCCCAACCCCGAAGAGCUUGGCUCGCGAUGGAAGCAAAUGAGGGAGGUCACGGGCUUUUUCGCGGGCGUGGAACAGAAAGGAAAUAUCUGGGUUGGCUGUUAUGCCAGUCGACCUACGGACUAUGAACCGACUAAUACUUGGGACGAGGUGGAUGAAUUGGUGGCUGAAUUCGAGGAUUUGGAUAUCUUAUGAAGAGGUGGCAGCCGUCACCGAGCUGCUUUUCGAACUAGCCAUCAAUGGAGACUCCCGGGAGAAUGAGAGCGGGCUCUCAUGGCGACGAGGAAAUACUGCACAACCGUACCGGACAGGGCCAUUGAUUUGGUAGGCUAAGUCGUGGCUUCGAAGGGGGGACGGGGAGUCAAAUCCACCGCUCUUGCAUGGCAGCCUCCGCCGGGCGAGCAGCGAACAAUUCUCCUUGUUGGGAAUGAUUUCACCAUCUGAAGCGUAGGGUCUAGAUACUCUGACACACACAUGGCAGACACGCGAUUAAAGGGGAAGUGAAGACUUAAUGAACUGGCGCGCUGGGGGUUCAGGAGCAAGGUGCUGUCUGGCGGGAUCUAGGUGGGAUUGGAACGGCCUUGUUGGCCGGAUGGUAUGGCAGGAAUGAAUACCAAAGGGCAACAUGAUUGACUCGUUCAAUGCGAUUAAGCGUUUCACAUAUCAUCUAGUAUAGCUUGUGCAGUUUUGUAAACAAAACAUUUGAAUCUUGCCAA